AUGAUAGUGAAAUAUUUACUUUUCCUUAUCGUUUCUGUGGCACUGUCAUCGGCUGCACAGCCGGCAAUUCUUGAGGUGCCACGUCCAAUACAACUAGAGCCACCUUCGAAGCAAAAUGUUCUGCUGCUCCUCGCCGAUGAUGGUGGCUUCGAGAUGGGCGCCUAUAGGAAUCGCAUCUGCCAAACCCCAAACCUCGAUGCUUUAGCGAAGCAGAGUGUGAUAUUCAACAACGCCUACACUUCAGUCAGCAGCUGCUCUCCAAGCCGAGCAGCUCUGCUCACCGGCUUGCCGAGUCAUCAGAAUGGAAUGUAUGGUCUUCACCAGGGUGUUCAUCACUUCAACACCUUCGAUUCCAUCGUCAGUCUGCCUAAUCUGCUGGGAAGCAAGGGCAAUAUUCGCACUGGAAUCAUUGGAAAGAAACACGUUGGGCCGUCUGAAGUGUACAAAUUCGAUUUUGAGAGAACAGAAGAGCAAUUUCCAAUCAAUCAAGUCGGCCGAAACAUCACCAAUAUCAAGAACCUCGUGAAGGAAUUCCUAUCGUCCAACGACACUCGACCAUUCUUCCUGAUGGUCUCCUUUCAUGAUCCGCAUCGCUGUGGACAUGUGACGCCUCAGUAUGGCAGCUUCUGCGAACGCUGGGGAAGUGGAGAGGAAGGAAUGGGUCUCAUUCCGGACUGGCAUCCAAUCUACUAUGUCUGGGAUGAGAUUGAUCUGCCUUUCUACGUUCCAGACACCGAACCAGCUCGAAGAGACGUCGCUGCGCAGUACACCACAAUAUCACGCCUUGAUCAAGGCGUCGGACUUGUCCUGAAGGAGCUCCAAGACGCUGGCUUUGACUCCAACACCCUUGUGGUUUACACUUCAGACAAUGGUCCUCCUCUACCGUCUGGAAGGACGAACUUUUACGAUCCCGGCAUUGCUGAACCAAUGUUUAUCCGAUCGCCAGCAUCAGAUGCCCGUAAAAAUGAAGUUAGCUACACUCUAACCAGCCUUCUAGACUUACUUCCAACCUUCCUGGACUGGUACGGCGUGCAAUAUCCCAAGAAAGCCAAGACAAAAUUAACCGGAAAGUCCCUUUUGCCAAUCAUCACUGCUGAACCACCCAAUGAUCCCGACGCAGCCAUCUUCGCUAGUCAAUCAUAUCACGAAGUCACCAUGAAUUACCCAAUGAGAGCCAUCAGGACAAGGCGCUACAAACUGAUUCACAAUCUAAACUAUCAAGCACCCUUUCCAAUUGAUCAGGACUUCUAUGUGUCGCCCACAUUCCAGGACAUCCUCAACAGGACCAUGACAAAACAACCUCUGCCGUGGUAUAAGAGCCUCAAGCGAUACUACCAGAGAGACGAAUGGGAAUUGUAUGAUCUGAAGCAAGAUCCGGGAGAAUUGAGAAAUCUCUUUACCAACAAAGCCAUGGAUAAGGUGAAGGCGGAACUCCAGGAACGCCUGCAGAAGUGGCUGCAAGACACAAAUGAUCCUUGGCAGUGUGCACCGCACGGAGUCUUGCAAAAUGUCGGAGAAUUCAAAGAUGAUCCGCAGUGUUUGACUUUAGGACAUUCAGAUCUUUAACAUCAAAUGAAUAUUGAACACAAAUUCAUAAAAUUUAUUUCUAAUCAUAUUUGCUCUCUAACAAGAUUCAAUAAUAAUAAUGUAAGAAGCAAGAACAAUUCUAAUAUUACAAUUAUUAAUAAAUAUUAGUAACUGUGUAUUUAUAACUUUCAUCUCAAAACCAUUUACUUAAGCACUCAAUAAACUUCAUCUGAAAUCUGUUUUAAUGGUUUUAAUUACUGAAAUGCAUGGAAACAACUCAUGCAUGCCCAAUUUUUUGCUCUAUCAGCAUUUAAGUAUUCUCAAGUAAUCUUUUUUAGCACCGUGAGGUUGUAAAAUGCUCACAUUUUGCGCAGACGAAACUUUAUGAGUCUGACGGAGCCCGAAAAAUCAUAAAGAUAAGGCAUAAUUUUAUUGAGAGGUCAAAAGUAUUCAAUGGAGUUUUGCCACCUUUCUGUCUGGUCAUUGCACAUUUU